AUGCUCGUCACGGCCGGACUCGUGACGCUGGCCCUCGGCGGCUCGGCGGCGGCGCACAGCGUCAUGUUCGGCGUGUUGGUCAACGGCCAGGACCAAGGAGACGGGCGCAAGGUGUACAUCCGCUCGCCGCCCGACAACAGCCCCGUCAAGGACCUCACGUCGCCGGACCUCGUCUGCGGCAAGAACGGCGGCAAGGAGGUGCCGCAGUUCGCCAAGGCGGCCGGCGGCGACACGCUCACCUUUGAGUGGUUCCACGACAACCGCGGCGACGACAUCAUCGACGGGUCGCACAAGGGGCCCAUCAUCACCUACGUGGCCACCUACAGCGGCGACUCCAUGGACGGCACGGGGCCCAUCUGGACAAAGAUCGCCGAGGAUGGCUUCAGCAACGGCCAGGACCGGAGGCGGAAAUGGGGCAGGCUCUGGCUCCGGCUCUGGAGGCUCGGGAGGUGCAACAAUAACCAAAGAAACAACGGUGGCAGCGGCAAUAACAAGAAGAAUAACAUUAGUGGCGGCAACAACAGCAACGCGGGAAAUAACAACAACAACGGCAACAACAAUUGCAACAACAGCCAGGGAAACAACGGUGGCAAUAACAACAACCGAGGCUCCCAGGGAAACAACGGGGAACAACAACGGCAACAAGAACCAGGGCAACCAGGGGCAGCUGGGUAG